AUGCAAUGGUUUCAAGCUAAUAAUUUAAUGGUCAAUUUGAGUAAGACAUGUUUCAUGCAAUUCCAAAGCUAUGGUUCUAGAAUUAAUCAAAUACAAGUCAACUAUAAUGGUACUGAUAUAAAAGAAACUGAUAAGGUUACGUUUUUAGGGAUAACAUUAGAUAAAUAUUGUAAUUGGAAAGCUCAUAUUGACACCGUCUGUAAAAAGAUUAACAAAUUCGUAUAUGUAUUAAAUAAGUUAAGAAAGACAUCUACUCAACAUACAGUGUUACUGGCCUACCAUGGUUAUGUAAGUUCCAUAUUACGAUAUGGCUUAUUACUAUGGGGAAAUUCUACCGAUUCUGUUCGGGCUUUUUUGUCUCAGAAAAAAUGUAUAAGAUAUAUAGUGGGUAUUCCUCCAUAUGAAUCUUGUAAAGAAUAUUUUAAAGUACUUAAUAUAUUACCGCUACCAUGUAUGUAUAUUUUUGAAAUUUGUAUUUUUGUAAAAGGUCACCCUGAACUGUUUAUAAGAGCAAAAGAUUUGUAUCCACGUAAUACAAGAAAUAGUAACAGAUUGGUUCUAGAUUUCAUGCCGAAAACAGAAUUGUUUAAAAGAAACUGUUAUGCAAUGUGUAUAAAGAUCUUUAAUAAAUUACCAAUUUCUAUUCAAGAGUUACCUAUAUUGCAAUUUAAGAAAAAACUUAAAAUGUGGUUAUUAGAUAAUAUGAUAUAUUCGAUACACAACUGGAUAAACGACAAUAAUUUAUAA